CUUGGGACAUUGCAGUGUGGUCAUGUGGGGCUCUGUUUGAGACUGCAAACUGUCAGGUGACCCCACUCUCUCCUUUACACAAACGAACAGAUACAAACGGAUGAAGGAGAGCACAUAUAAACUACAGUGUGAAAGUGAAAGGAGAAAACUGCAGGUUUGAUCAACAUGGAAAGCAGCAACCAGAAAACAGAUUCCCCUGAAUCUGAUCCUGAUUCCAGCUGUGUGUCUAUGAGUGAUCGAUCAAAGGGUGCCAUCAUUGACUUAAAAAGAAGAAACUCAUCUGAUGUUGAGAAGGUCAAUCAGUACAGCUCAGAUAUUUCCAGUUCCAAAUCUGCCCAGCAGGAUCAUAGUGACGUGAACUCACUAUUUAAGCGGCUGGAGGACAGCAUUAUAACUUUUGUGAAGAAAGAGUUAAAGAAGAUGCAGAAUUCCCUGAAUCCAGAUUACCCAGAAUCCUCAGGGAGUGACAGAGAGAAUGAGGAUGUGCUGGAUGGUGAGGAUAAAGAGCAAAGGAUGAGAUGUAGAGAGGCAUUUCUGAACAUCACAGUCCAUUUUUUGAAGAAAAUGAAACAGGAAAAGCUGGGUGCCUCUCUGCUAAACAAACACUCUGCUCCAGGCUGUGAUUUUAAACUUAAAUCUAAUCUGAAACAGAAGUUCCAGUGCGUGUUUGAGGGGAUUUCUAAAGCAGGAAACCCGACCAGUCUUAAUCAGAUUUACACAGAGCUCUACAUCACAAAGGGAGGGACUGGAGAGAUAAAUACUGAACAUGAAAUCAGACAGAUUGAAACAUUUUCUAAGAAACCAGACACAUCAGAAUCAACAAUCAGAUGUGAAGACAUCUUUAAAGCCUCACUGCAAAGGGAUAAACCAAUCAGAACAGUGCUGACAAAGGGAGUCGCUGGCAUUGGGAAAACAGUCUUAACACAGAAGUUCACUCUGGACUGGGCUGAAGAUAAAACCAACCGGGACAUCCAGUUCAUGUUUCCAUUCACUUUCAGAGAGCUGAAUCUUCUAACAGGUAAAAAUUAUAGUCUGUUGGGACUUAUUCAUCACUUCUUUACUGAAACCAGACAAGCAGGAAUCUGCAGAUUUGAAGACUUCAAUGUUGUGUUCAUCUUUGAUGGUCUGGAUGAGUGUCGACUUCCUCUGGACUUCAACAACACUGAGAUCCUGACUGAUGUCACAGAGUUCAAAUCAGUAGAUGUGCUGCUGAUAAAUCUCAUCAGGGGGAAUCUGCUUCCUUCUGCUCACCUUUGGAUAACCACACGACCUGCAGCAGCCAAUCAGAUCCCUGUUGAGUGCAUAGACAUGGUUACAGAGGUCACAGGGUUCACUAACUCACAGAAGAAAGAAUAUUUCAGGAAAAGAUUCACAGUUUCCAAGGAGGCCACCUGGAUCAUUUCUCAUGUCAGCACAUCAAAUAGCAUCCACAUCAUGUGCCACAUCCCAGUCUUCUGCUGGAUCACUGCUACAGUUAUAGAGAAUGUGUUAAAAAGCAGAGAGGAAAAAAAACUGCCUAAGACCCUGACUGAGAUGUACAUCCACUUCCUGGUGGUUCAGACCAAAGUGAAGAACAUCAAGUAUGAUGGAGGAGCUGAGUCAGAUCCACACUGGAGUCCAGAGAACAAGAAGAUGAUUGAGUCUCUGGGAAAACUGGCUUUUGAGCAGCUGCAGAAGGGCAACCUGAUCUUCUAUGAAUCAGACCUGACAGAGUGUGGCAUCAAUAUCGGAAAGGCCUCAGUGUACUCAGGAGUGUUCACACAGAUCUUUAAAGAAGAGAGAGGGCUCUACCAGGAGAAGGUGUUCUGCUUCAUCCAUCUGAGUGUUCAGGAGUUUCUGGCUGCUCUUCAUGUCCAUCUGACAUUCAACAACUCUGGUGUCAACCUGCUGGAAGAAGAACAAACAGCAUCAGUGCCGACUGAAGAGCCUUCAGUGAGACACUUCUACCAGAGUGCUGUGGACAAGGCCUUAGAGAGUCCAAAUGGACACCUGGACUUGUUCCUCCGCUUCCUCCUGGGUCUUUCACUGCAGACCAAUCAAAGUCUCUUAAAAGGCCUGCUGACACAGACAGGAAGCAGCUCAGAGAUGAAUGAGGAAACAGUCCAGUACAUAAAAAAUAAGAUCAGUGAGAAUCCCUCUCAAGAGAAAAAUAUCAAUCUGUUCCACUGCCUGAAUGAAAUGUACAAUCAUUGUAUAGUGAAGGAAAUUCGAUGCCAUUUGAGUUCAGGAAGCCUGUCUAUAAUUGAUCUGACUCCUGUUCAGUGGUCAGCUCUGGUCUUCAUACUAUUAUCAUCAGAAGAAGAUCUGAAUGAGUUUGACCUGAAGAAAUAUUCAGCUUCAGAGGAGGCUCUACUGAAGCUGCUGCCAGUGAUCAAAGCCUCCAAGAAAGCUCUAUUGAGUGGUUGUAACCUCACAGAGAAAAGCUGUGAAGCUCUGUCAUCAGUUCUCAGUUCCCAGUCCUCUAAAUUGAGAGACCUGGACAUGAGUAACAACAACCUGCACGACUCAGGAGUGAAGCUGCUGUGUGCUGGACUUGGGAGUCACACGCACUGUACACUUGAAAUCCUAAGGCUGUCUGGCUGUAUGAUCACAGAGAAAGGCUAUGCUUCUCUGAACUCAGCACUGAGCUCUAACCACUCCCAUCUGAAAGAGCUAGACUUGAGCUACAAUAAUCUAGCAGACUCUGAAAAGCUGCUGUCUGGUCUACAGGAGAACAGACACUGGAAACUAGAUGCACUCAGGAUGAAUCCUUGUGGAGUCCAGUGGUUCAAACCGGGUCUAAGAAAAUAUUUCUGUGAACUGAGCCUGGAUCCAAACACAGUGCACAGAAAACUCAAACUGUCUGACAACAAGAAGAAGGUGAUGCACGUGGAAGAGGACCAGUUAUAUGCAGAUCAUCCCGACAGAUUUGAUCACUGGCCUCAGCUGAUGUGCACUGAACACCUGACUGGUCGCUGUUACUGGGAGGUCGAGUGGAGCGGAGAAGUUCGUAUUGCAGUAACAUACAGAGGAAUCAAACGUAAAGGAAAUGGUGAUGACAGCAGGUUUGGAAGGACUGAGCAAUCUUGGUGUCUUUACUGCGAUGAUAGUGGUUACUUUGCAACUCACAAUUACUCAUCAAGAGUGAUCGCUGCCCCCUCCUCAUCUGUCUGUCACAAAACAGGAGUGUAUGUGGACUGUGAUGUCGGCACUGUGUCCUUCUACAGUGUGUCUUCUGACACACCGAUCCACCUGCACGCCUUCCACACCACAUUCACUGAACCUGUAUAUGCUGGGUUUAGAGUGAAGUUACCUGAUUCCUUUGUCAGUCUGUGUGCUGAUUCAGGUUAGAAAU